GAAGCGUGGUGACCUAUGCUGGCACUUGGCUGGGGGUGUCAUUGUGGCCCUGUUCAAAAUCAGCUGAUGCAUUCCCCAGAUGGCCAGGGAUACAGCCCUGCAGUUCCAGGAUCGUACUCCCAUCAGGUGCCAGCAAAGGUUCCUCCACAUCAGUCUUCUGGACAGUACAGCUAUAGUGGCUCUCAGAAUGUUUCUCAAUUAAACAACUACCAAGGACCUGGCCAGACUCUCAACAGACCACCAGUGGCAGCUUUCUCUGGGUCACCAGUACAACAGCCAGGUCCUGUUCCACAAGUGCUGCCGCCUGCAUUACAGAACUCCGCUGCUGCAUUCUGUGCUGGGAGCUUUCCCCCUGGAGCCAGCCCCCCGGUGCUUUCAAACUGGCAGUACAGCCAGACUCCUGUCAGCCAGCCACCUGGGGCUCAAAGCAGCCAUUUGGCUCACGUGCCUGGGACAGGGUCAGCUCAGCCACCAUCGUCAUUGCCAGGAAGUACAAAUCCUGCAGGGAGUUAUCAAUAUGCUGCUUCUCCAGGGGCUCCUCCUCUGCAGAACAGCUACAUGAAGCCAGGAUCUGCACCUCCACCAGUGACUCAGCCUUUAACUCCUCUCCACCCUCCAAGGCCACCUUUAGGACCUCCACCAGUUGGUGGUCCACCUAGGCCACCAGCAGCAGCAGCAGGACCACCCAGUGCACAGUCUAUGCUAAAAUCAGCUCCAAACCAAGAAGGUGAUGCCAGAUCUGCUGCCAGUGAUGGGUCUGUAGUGCAAAACAGCUACGAUGCAAUUGAAGGUGGUGGCCUCAUGGCAACUCCACAUCAUUCUCCUGCAGCCCCGAAUCUUAAGAUGAAUAGAAGUGUUGGGUAUUCUUACCCUGCCUUACCUCCAGGCUACCAACAUACUUCUGCACCUGGAGCACCAGGAGUGAAUGCAUCUGCUUUGCAGUAUCCAGAUGGAUCAAAACAUUUCCACCAGCCUGCCCUGGGCACUAAUCACUUAACUGCAUCAAUGGCUGGCCUGAGUCUACAGCAGGAAGGGUUAAGACCUGUGAAUCUUCUUCAAGAAAGAAAUAUUCUGCCUACCACCCUUUUGAAGGCUCCUGUCCCUAACUUGCAUGAAGACAUCCAGAAGCUCAACUGCAAUCCUGAGUUGUUCCGCUGUACCCUGACUAACAUUCCUCAAACUCAGGCCUUAUUGAAUAAAGCCAAACUUCCUUUGGGGCUCCUGCUUCAUCCUUUCAAAGACUUAUCGCAAUUGCCAGUGGUCACUUCCAGUAUUAUUGUGAGAUGCCGCUCCUGCCGGACGUACAUCAACCCUUUUGUCAGCUUCCUAGACCAAAGGAGGUGGAAAUGCAAUUUGUGCUACAGAGUCAAUGAUGUUCCUGAAGAAUUCCUGUAUAAUCCUGUGACAAGAGUUUAUGGAGAACCUCAUAAAAGACCUGAAGUCCAGAAUGCUACUAUUGAGUUUAUGGCUCCAUCUGAAUACAUGCUGCGUCCACCUCAGCCACCCGUGUACCUCUUUGUGUUUGAUGUCUCUCACAAUGCCAUAGAGACAGGAUACUUGAAUACAGUCUGCCAGACCUUGUUAGACAAUCUUGACUUGCUUCCUGGGAACACUAGAACAAAAAUAGGCUUCAUAACAUUUGACAGCACAAUCCAUUUCUACAGUCUUCAGGAAGGUCUGUCUCAGCCUCAGAUGCUUAUAGUUUCAGAUAUUGAAGAUGUAUUUAUACCAAUGCCAGAAAACUUAUUAGUAAAUUUGAAUGAAAAUAAAGAGCUAAUUCAAGAUCUGCUGAAGACAUUGCCACAGAUGUUUACCAAGUCCCUGGAAACUCAGAGUGCUCUGGGGCCUGCAUUACAGGCUGCCUUUAAGCUGAUGUCCCCCACUGGAGGUAGAAUCACUGUCUUCCAGACACAGCUCCCAUCUCUGGGGAUGGGAGCACUGAAGUCACGAGAGGAGCCAAACCAAAGAGCAACAGCAAAGGAUAUACAUUUGACACCAUCGACUGAUUUUUACAAGAAGUUGGCCUUGGACUGCUCAGGGCAACAGGUUGCAGUGGAUUUAUUCCUUCUUAGUGGGCAAUAUUCUGACUUGGCUUCUCUAGGUUGUAUAUCAAGGUAUUCUGCAGGUAGUGUCUACUACUACCAGUCUUACCAUCAUAAACACAACCCUGUCCAGGUGGAGAAAUUGCAAAAGGAACUGAAGCGAUAUUUAACUAGAAAAAUUGGGUUUGAGGCUGUCAUGAGGAUAAGAUGCACCAAAGGUCUUUCCAUUCAUACUUUCCACGGGAACUUCUUUGUACGAUCUACAGACUUGUUGUCAUUACCCAACGUAAACCCAGAUGCCGGCUACGCUGUGCAGAUGUCAGUGGAAGAGAGUCUUACUGAUAUGCAAGUUGUUUCUUUCCAGUCAGCUCUCCUGUACACCUCCAGCAAAGGUGAAAGGCGAAUUCGUGUCCACACGAUGUGCUUGCCUGUUGUCACAACGCUGAGUGAAGUGUACCUAGGGGCAGAUGUGCAGGCCAUCACAGGGCUCUUAGCCAAUAUGGCUGUGGACCGCUCGGUUUCCGCCACGCUGAGCGACGCUCGGGACGCCUUGGUCAACGCGGUGAUCGACUCCUUGGCUGCCUACCGCUCCUCCGUGCUGAGCAUCCAGCAGCCCGGGCUCACUGCUCCCUUCUCCCUGCGCCUCUUCCCGCUGUACAUACUGGCACUCUUGAAACAGAAAGCAUUUCAAACUGGGACAAACACACGUUUGGAUGAACGCAUCUUUACCAUGUGUCAGGUGAAAAACCAGCCCCUUGUUUACCUCAUGCUCAUGACACAUCCCAGUCUGUACAGAGUCGAUACUCUCACAGAUGAGGGAGCCCUUAACAUAAAUGACAGAACUAUACCUCAGCCACCCCUUCUCCAGCUGUCAGUGGAGAAGUUGAGUAGGGAUGGUGCUUAUCUUAUGGAUGCUGGCUCUGUGAUGUUUCUGUGGAUCGGGAAGAACUGUGGGCAGGGUUUUAUCAGCCAAGUCCUUGGAGUUCCAAAUUACGGCUCAAUACCACAGAAUAUGACACAUCUCCCAGAACUCGAAACAGCAGAAUCCAUCAGAACACGAAAUUUCAUUUCUUGGCUGAGAGAACAGAGACCUUUCUUUCCUAUACUAUAUAUAAUAAAGGAUGAGAGUCCAUUGAAAUCAAGUUUUCUGCAAAAUAUGAUUGAAGACAGAACAGAAUCAGCCUUAUCAUACUAUGAAUUCCUCCUUCAUAUACAGCAGCAAGUGAAUAAAUGAAACACUAGCCUUUGGCUUCUUUAAGGAAAGAUUUUGCAGUAAGGAAUGAUUGUGCUUGUAAUAUCUUCAUUAAAUCUGUGGCCUGAGGCAGUUGAUGAGAAGUUCUCACUGUGAUUUCAACGAACUAAAGCAAAUAAAGGACCACAUCUGAGAAUCAAAUGUGCAACUACAUAAUAUUGUACCUUAAAAAAAAAAUCAAACUGUUGGAACUGGUUGAGCACCUUUAAUUUGCUGCAAAUCGUGUUUUUACUGUAAGUAGUUGCAGCAUGAAGUACAUUUACAAAGGCAAUACUGAAAAGGUGAAAUACAUUUUGUAAAAUAAAGAGUUCUUUGUUGUUCAAAAUGUA